CGCUCAGGUCACAUGUUUGUGUUGCACGCGCUGCAGUUAGGACCUGCCGUUAGUUGGUUGUUAUGGCGCUGCCGUGGCUUCUGCUGCUCGAGCUGCUGCUGUACGGCGGCUGUUUUAUCUGCGGGAUCGUCACAGCAGCUUCUGUUACUCUGACUCAGGGCAGUUUUGAUGGGAAAUGUAUUCUGUAUGGUUCAGUACAUCUGAACUCCACUUCCAUCGCAGUAGUUUCAUCCAGUUCACCAUCUCUCUGUUACUUUGUAUCAUCCAUCUCUGUGUGUGUGGCUGUUUUUUGCUUUUCCCUCGUCCUCUACUGGAUCUACACCAGCUGUGUCGAUCGCGAGGUGAUAAGAGAGAAAUUAUGGCUGAACAUUACUCUGGGCAUGUGUGGAGUUUUUCUGUUCUUUCUCCUGGUGACGGGAUGCAUCCUAAAAAUUGGCAGAGACAGACUGUGUGACUCAGUGCACCAAGCAGUGACUGACAUAAAAAGAUGUGAAGAAGCACAAAAUAAGCCUUGGGUGAACCCUAUAGAUGGGACCCAAUUUUAUUCCAGACUACACAGUGCAGAGACAGCAGUGUGGGUGAAUUUUUUCUUUUGGAUGAUCAUAACUGUUCUGGUCUUGAUCCAGCGAAAAAAGGGCUCGGAAAACAGGUCAGCGGAAUUGGACCCAUCAGCGACCCCUUCUGAAACUGAACCCUUCUUCAAUCGUCCGGGACAUCCUCAGUGAAUAGAGACAUGGUUAAUCUAUGUCACUACACACUAAAGCUUUAUGUGCCACACAAACACAUGCUCACACACACAUACACUCCUUUCAAGUCGCACUGCUGGCUAGCAGUUGGCUAGUUGGGCAGAGAGAGUUUUGGCAGUGCUGGUAUACUGUCUUGAUUUUGUUCACUAGCAUUGCCAAGGGUUAGUUUCCAUGGUUACUGAUCUGCGGCUGGCAGCACAGACCUGGCAGGUGAGAGUGUGCGGUUGCCAGAUUGGUGGAGUGAACCUGAACUGAUUAAGACACAGCUUUAUGUAAAGCCGACAAUAAUGAUAAGUGUUGUCAGUGCUAUCAAGAGUGGCAAAGUGGUCAGAAAUACAUGACACAAAGACACAUAAA